GUCCAGUACGCAUGCGCAGUGCGGGCGGGAGGGGAGCGUGUUUGUGAAAUUUGAAGUUGGAGGAAAGUUGAGAGUGACUGAAAGUAUUUAAAGUUUUAUUAACAAGAACAGAUUCUUCAUGCUGUGCAGGAGGACACAGACAGGUAGACAGACAGACAGGUAGACAGACAGACAGGUAGAGAGACAGACUGAAGGAGCAGAGAGGGAGACAGAAGCUCCGACAUCCAGGCAGAGACACCGGGAGGUCGCUGAGCUCCAAGCCGGGACAAGGAGCGCGACCGCCGGCAUGAUGAUCGAGUUCGCCCCGCUGAACAUCCCGCUGCGGAGGAGACUGCAAACCGCCGCCGUCCUGCAGUGGGUCUUCUCCUUCCUGGCCUUAGCUCAGUGCUGUCUCGCUGCCUUCGUGCUCCUGGCUCUCUCUGAUUGGUGGAUGGUGACCCUGCUGUAUGCUGGUUGGCUGUGGCUGGACUGGGACACGCCCACCAGCGGGGGUCGGAGGUCAGGCUGGGUCAGGAGCUGGAGCGUCUGGGACUACUUCAGACAGUACUUCCCAAUCACGCUGGUUAAAACAGUCGAUCUGGAUCCAAAGAAAAACUACAUCUUUGGAUUUCAUCCACACGGUGUGCUGGUAGCUGGUGCGUUUGGUAACUUUUGUACGGAGGCGACGGGUUUUUCUCGGCUGUUUCCAGGACUGAAGUCUCACCUGCUGAUGUUGCCGUUCUGGUUCAGAGUGCCGCUGUUCAGAGAUUACAUCAUGUGUGGAGGUCUGGUGUCCAGCUGUAAGUCCAGUCUUUCGUACCUGGUCAGUCGUCCUGAAGGAGGAAACGUUGCUGUCGUCGCAGUGGGCGGAGCUCCAGAGGCUCUGGACGCUCGACCGGGAGCUUUAAAACUACAGGUGCGAAACAGGAAGGGCUUCAUCAAACUGGCGCUCAAACACGGAGCUCAGCUGGUUCCGGUCUUUUCUUUCGGAGAGAACGAGCUGUUUGAUCAGAUGGAGAACCCGACCGGUUCUCCUCUGAGGAGGCUGCAGAACCGACUGCAGAGCGUCAUGGGAGUAGCGAUUCCUCUGUUCCACGCCAGAGGAGUUUUCCAGUAUAGCUUUGGACUGUUGCCGUACAGGAAGCCCAUAAACACCAUAGUGGGGAAGCCGAUCCCGGUCGUCCAGACUCCGAGUCCCAGCAAUGAGGACAUCGAGUCUCUGCAUCAAGUUUACCUGCAGCACCUGAACGAGCUGUUCGAGCAGCACAAACACACCUACGGCCUGCAGGAGCACCAGCACCUCACAUUCAUAUGACCUACGGAUGACCUACAGAUGACCUUCAGAUGACCUACAUAUGACUUUCAGACGACCUGCAGAUGACCUACAGAUAACCUGCAUAUGACCUGCAAAUGACCUGCAGAUGACCUGCAAAUGACCUACACAGGACCUACAUAUGACCUGCAGAUGACCUACACAUGACCUACAUAUGACCUGCAGAUGACCUUCAGAUGACCUACAUAUGACCUUCAGAUGACCUGCAGAUUACCUGCAGAUGACUGUCUGACCUUUGUCUCUGCUUGUAAAGACAAGUGUUUGUGUUCUUUUUCUGUGUAAUAAAGUGACAUUACAUCAUGAUGAUGAUGAUGACGAUGAUGAUGUAACAGAUGACUGGCAGGUCACGUGACUUCACUGUUUUAUUAAAUUAAUCCAUAUGAGAA